CGGCCCGGCCCCGCCGGUCGGCUGAGGGGACGCGGCGACGGCGGCGGCCGCUCCUCUCUCGAGGCCCGGCAGGGAUUCAUAUAAUGAGGCUUUUAUUAUGGCCAGUGACCCCUUGGAAGGCUUUCAUGAAGUGAACCUCGCUUCACCUACUACACCAGAUCUUCUUGGAGUAAAUGAGCCAGGGACUCAGGAACAAACUACCUCACCCAGUGUAAUCUACCGACCACAUCCUUCUGUUGUGUCCUCCACACCAAUCCAACCCAAUGCAUUAAAUGUGUCUGACCUUCCUACACAACCUGUUUAUUCGUCUCCCAGACAACUSAAUUGUGGAGAAGUAUCAGGUGUCAGCAUCAAUGUUACCGACGCAGUACUUUGUUCUACCUCUGGACCCCAGAGUGGGUCAUUCAAUCACAGUAAUGCCAGGAAGGAGAGCAAUAACGUAGAGAGAGAGUUUUUGCAGGGCGCUACAGUAGCAGAUGUUGCUGAAGGAAAUGAAGAUAUUUUUGGGUUGAGUACAGACAGUUUAUCUCACUUACGGAGCCCAUCUGUACUGGAAGUAAGAGAAAAGGGCUAUGAACGAUUGAAAGAAGAACUUGCAAAAGCUCAGAGGGAGCUGAAGUUAAAAGAUGAAGAAUGUGAAAGGCUUUCUAAAGUGCGAGAUCAACUUGGACAGGAAUUGGAAGAACUUACAGCUAGUCUGUUUGAGGAAGCACACAAAAUGGUUAAAGAAGCAAAUGUCAAACAAGCUGCAGCAGAAAAACAAUUAAAAGAAGCACAAGGAAAGAUUGAUGUCCUCCAGGCUGAAGUAGCAGCAUUGAAAACAUUAGUACUGUCUACUUCACCGACAUCUCCAACUAAGGAGUUCCAGUCUGGUGGAAAAACUCCUUUUAAGAAAGGCCAUGCAAGAAACAAGAGUACAAGCAGUGCUAUGGGUGGCAGUCACCAGGACCUUACCAUGAUGCAGCCAAUUGUAAAAGACUGUAAAGAGGCUGACUUAUCUCUGUACAAUGAAUUCAGAUCUUGGAAGGAUGAGCCUACUAUGGACAGAACAUGUCCUUUCUUGGACAAAAUUUAUCGGGAAGAUAUUUUUCCAUGCUUAACCUUCUCCAAAAGUGAGUUGGCCUCAGCUGUUCUGGAAGCUGUUGAAAACAACACUCUGAGCAUUGAACCUGUUGGCUUGCAACCUGUUCGAUUUGUGAAAGCUUCUGCAGUUGAAUGUGGGGGACCAAAGAAAUGUGCUCUAAGUGGACAAAGUAAGUCAUGCAAGCAUAGAAUCAAAUUAGGAGAUUCAAGCAGUUAUUACUACAUUUCUCCUUUCUGUCGUUACAGGAUCACUUCUGUGUGUAACUUCUUUACAUAUAUUCGAUAUAUCCAGCAAGGACUGUUGAAGCAGCAAGAUGUGGAUCAGAUGUUCUGGGAAGUUAUGCAGCUGAGACGAGAGAUGUCGCUAGCAAAACUUGGCUAUUACAAGGAAGAGCUCUAAAUCUUUUUACUCUUGCGCAUGCAUGAACUUCAUAGAAUAUACAUAACUAAAAUUGCUGAAUCUUUCCUUGUCACUUGAUAUUUAUUUCCACAACGUGGGUCCAAGAUCUUUCUCCUUUUGCAGAUGGCACUAAGAAGUACUGUGAUUGUUUUAAAUUGACCUAUGCUGUAUUUGCAUACAUAAAAUACUUAGUUGAACAAAUGUGGUAAGCACUUGCAGGUGUAUUAGUGAUUGUAAUUUACAUUUAAAAACAAAAGUUCUGAUUAAAGUGUUAAUCUGAAACAGUUUCUGUCUUCAGUUCUUUGUGAUGCAGAAUGAUGUGAAUCUUCYCUAUAAGACACUCCAAAAAACAGAUGUGAUUUUAUGAAGAGCAAAUAAAUGCCUGGUAUUUUCUUCAUUGUAGUGUUUAGGUACAUGUAUGUAGCUCUCUGUGCAUUUUUGCCAGCACAGUUAACAGACAGCUGGGAGGACUUUGAAUUGUUUGAAGUGCUACAUUCCUAUGCUUCUAAUUUUUAAAAAUACGUGUGUAUGAAGAGAAGCACAUACAGUGAAGAGUCACAUCACAAUAAACCUGAGUAUAUUCUCUUUAAAGAAGGGUGCUUCUCAAAUG